AUGUUAAGUCAUACGCCAGUUAAAAAUUCGGGAGCGCAAGCUGCUAAAUCUCCACAGCCGGAGCAAGAUACACCAGUUUUUGAGAAAUGUCAUAUCUGUAGUGAACGAAAAGACAAUAAGAUAAAAUGUUGGUUAAUAGUUAAAUGUAACCAUUCCUUCCAUCGUGCUUGUAUUGAAAAUUUUCUGUCAGAGAAUAAUGCAUGCCCAGUUUGUAAUCUUUCUUGUGAAUUAUCAGACUUAAAGAGAGUUACGUUUCCUUUAAAAUCUAGUAGAUCUAGAGGAGCUAAAUCUCGUGGUGCUCAAACUGGUCAUCAAUAUACCACUCGUAGUAUGGUACUACAUGGUUUUCAAGAUACACAAACUCCGUCUGAGUUUCCUCUCCCAAGUAAUGCGAAUCCAUCUGAUUAA